GGACCGUCUUGCCCACCUCUUAAAUCAACCAUAGUAUAAUAUAGUAAUUUUAAAUGCAACCAAUAAUCUACACUUGUUGUUUAACUAAAAAAUUCAAUAAUUUGCCGCUUCUAUUAUUUAUUGAUAACAAGAACAAAUCUACGGUUAUCUCUUCCCAUCCAAGUGACAUUGGAAGAAACAUAAAAUCCCUAAUUGACGUGGGAAAUUCAAACAAAAAAAGUAACUGUCAAGUAUUCAAAAUGAGCAACAAAUCCACAACUUUAAAUGUUUCUGGAGAUUUGAGUCUUGCUUCAAUCGAUUUUCCAAAAUUUUCCAAAAAUGUAAUAGUUUCCGAAGAACUUAACGCCUAUUUGCGCGAUCAACUCCAGCAAACGAAACGUGAAAAUCAUACUCUACAUGAGGAAUUGGCGAGAAAAGAGUCUCAGAUUGAACAAAAUCAAAGAAAAAUCGAUAAACUAAACGAAAAGCUUCACGAUUUCGAAAAUUGUUGCUCUAACGACUUUGCUUCCGCUUCGCAAGUUGCAAAUAGCAAAAUUGUAGAACUGAGUAAAAAAUUAAGAGAGAAAAAUUCGGAAAUUGAAGUGUACAAAUCGAAAUGUAUAAAACUUGAAAACACUUUAUCCGAAUUAAAAUUAAAACAAGAGGACACUGUUCAAAUCGAUAAACCAGUCGAGACUGAUUUAGAUGAAACAAAAAAACUACAAGAGAAACUCAACUACACUACAAACAAAUGGAUCGAAGAAAAAAAUUUAAAUUUGCAACUGAAAAACGACCUCAAACGUGCCAAUAAGUGGUUGCAGCAAGAAGUCGGUGAUAAGUUUGAAACUCUCUUGAGCCUAAAUAACUCAUCCAAUUCGAAUUGGAGAGGCAGAGCGCAGAUAAUUUGCGACUUGCAACAGAAAAAUCAGGAACUGAAAGAAAAGCUAAAGCAGUUUCAGGACAAUAAAAGUCCUCAUUUGAAUACUGAGGCGCUCCAAGUCAAACACGAAAGAAAAAUUGAGGCGUUAAAAGAGGAAAACUCUAAUCUGAAAAAUAAUUAUACGGACCUGAAGCGAAAAUUUGAUACUCUCAAGACUAGGUGCAAGGUGUUGGAAGGCGAUCAGAGCUUCCUGAAAUCAAAACUAGCCAGUUUGACCGAAAGACAUGACGCCGACCAACAAACUGUGGUCAAAUUAACGUCGCAGUUGCAGCAAUGUAACCACCUUAAAACAGACGAUUUGCGGCAAAAGGACCAACUGGUGAAACAUUUGCAACAGGAGAUUGAGUCGCUCAAAGUCGAGUUAAUGAAAGAAAAAUGUUUGUCUGAGAACAAAUCGAAAGAACUGCUGGAAAAAAGCGAUGAUAUUCAGUUACUCAAUAAGAGAAUAAGAAGUUCACGGCCUCCAAGUUCCUACAAAAACAGACAUGAAAACCUGGAAUCUAAAACUAUAAACCGGCUCGAAGUGGAGCGUUUGCGUCUUUUGGAGUUGAGUCAAGUCCAAAAUGAUCGACUUGAAAUGGAGAGAAACGCUCAUCUUAAAAGCCAGCACCUUCUCCGUGCUGAAAAACAGAAAUGUGCGAGGCUUGAGGCGAGUUUGGCGAGACUGGAAUUGGAACAAAGUAGUGCAAAAAUUGGUUAUGCAAAUAAAAAUAUGACUCCGAAACGGUUUGAGAAUGAUAUUAAAGACAAACUGGAAUUGGCUGAGGAAAAUAUCAAAGCUUUGACGACUAGACUGGAAAUCGAGAGUAUGGAAAGGAAACGGGAUUUUCAGGAGUUUAGUAAGAUUUUGAAGGACUGUACUUGUGGCAAAUUUUGAGUAAAUACCCACUGAUAA